AAUAAAGAAAAACCAGAAAAGUCAGACUCAGAGCACAGGUGAAAAAUUGUCGUCUCGGGAACAUGGAAGUGCGUGAGAAAAUUUCAUAGAAAAAAGAAAUUACCAAAUUAACACAAAAAAAGGUUAAGAAAAAAGUUAAAACCAACAUAACCAUCAUCAAAAUCUCCAAAAAUAAAAUUACCACAUAACUAGCAAAAUCGAUUCCUCUUCCAUCCAAUACCUUUUCCCUUAAUUAAACGAACGACGACGACGAGUCCAACAACAAACCAGCAACCAGCAAGAAAGAAAAUUUCAUCCCAACUAGAGAAGAGGAGAAAAUUCCAAACUUUCGAUCGCUUCCAUUUUCCGCCGCUUUAAGAAAAUAUAGAAAAAUUACAACACAAAAGCAGAAAGAAAAGAAAAACGAACCACCCAUUUUUGAUCAUAAUUCAUAAUUCAUUAAUCAAAUAUCGAAUUAAAUCAUCCGCGAAAAAUAUUGCGUGCGAUUAAAAUUCUGUGUGCCUUUUUUCGUGCAAGAAAAAUAUAAAAAAAAGAAAAAGAAAACCCUCCGCCCCUCUGUUUAUAGCAUAAAAGUGUGUGUUUUCUGAAAAGAAAAGAAAAAAAAUCGUUAUCAGAAAAGGAGGUUCCCUUUUCCACACGAAACCAGGCAAAAUAUAAGUAAUUCCAAAAAAUAAAAUUAAUUUAAUAGUCGGGCGCAGUAGUGGAUUAUCUUUUUUGAGUAAUACAAAAGAAAAAGAGUGCAGAAUAAAUAGAAAAGAAAAAGUGUUCAGCGUGUGUAUAUAUAAUUAUUUUAUACACCUGUCUGUAUUCUCUCGGUUUUCGCGAACAAGAAAAGAAGUAGGCGACGAAGAGGAAAAAAAAGUCCAUCAAUGGAUGAGUGAAAUAUUGCCUAAUCCCGAAGGACACUCUAGAGAAACCCCCUUCUCUCUCUGCGUUGUGUGCAAAAAAUCCCCAAAAAGAAAAAGAAAACGGAGGAAAAAAGUGAAAGCAAACCUUUCCUCAAGCUUCGCAUCAGCAUAAGCAAAAGCAAAAAAGAAUCAGACCAGAGCGCAGCAGCUUCCUAAAUCUUUCACAAUUAGUUUCUUUGAAUUUUAUUUCUAAUUUAAUUUUAACUUGAACACAAGACAAAAAAUACCCAAAGGAUAAUUAGCAAUAAGAGCAGAAAGGAGAGAUGCCGAAAUGCGAUGUCAAAACUCGAUAUAUUCCUGCGACAUUUGCCUGGAUCCUGCUCCUGUCGACAACCUUCCUGUUUUUCUUUUAUCCAUGCCAAUACUACGUCUACCAACAUCCAUGGGUGCCAGCUUAUCAAGGUGUCAUCACGUUUUUCGUUUUAGCAAAUUUUACACUAGCGACAUUUAUGGACCCCGGUGUGAUUCCGAAAGCAUCUCCUGAUGAAGAUCGUGAGGAGGAAUUUCGAGCGCCUUUGUAUAAAAACGCCGAAAUAAAUGGCAUAACAGUGCGGAUGAAAUGGUGUGUCACUUGUAAAUUCUAUCGACCGCCAAGAUGUUCACAUUGUUCAGUAUGCAAUCAUUGUAUAGAAACUUUCGACCAUCAUUGUCCGUGGGUGAACAAUUGUAUAGGACGAAGAAAUUAUCGUUUUUUCUUUUUCUUCCUUGUAUCAUUAUCGAUACACAUGCUGAGUAUAUUCUCAUUAUGUUUGUUUUAUAUUCUCAAACAUAUGAAUGUCAUAAAGCAAACAGAACCUAUUGUAGCUAUUUGCCUUAUGGGCAUUGUAACAGUUUUAGCAAUCCCAAUAUUUGGUUUAACUGGAUUCCAUAUGGUAUUGGUUUCUCGUGGCCGUACGACGAAUGAACAGGUGACUGGAAAAUUCAAAGGUGGCUAUAAUCCUUUCUCACGUGGUUGUUGGCACAAUUGUUGCUACACCCAGUUUGGUCCACAAUAUCCGAGCUUGCUUAAGCCCGAAAAAUAUGCUGCUCGUCGAUCGCAUAAAGAUAACCAAGGCAUCAGUACAAUAACCAGCGAUAGGGAGAAUAAUACAGCGGGAGGCGGCGGAAUGGGUCGCAAUAAUGCAACUAGCCAAAAUUCUACAGGGAUGCAAUCAAACUAUUACGACCGGGACAGACAUCAUACUCAGGUAAAGACUUAUACGGACCAGGGCAAUGGUUAUAAUCAACGGUCGGGCAGUUCAACGCUUUAUAGUAAGCUUUCACCGGGCCGUGAUUGCUCAGAUACUGACAUGGAUCCACCACAAGCAUCCCAAAGUCAAGAUUGCGAGCCAACCCCACCGUUGCAGAGGCAUAAUUCAAGUAAUUUUUAUCUGCCCCCAAUUGAGAAUACAAAUAUGGUGGUUGGUGCAAAUGGACCUAGUGGUGUAGGUGGAGGAGGUGGUCCAGAAUCUCCGCGUCACAUGAGAAUGUAUCAUCCGCGGCAUAGUCCUCAUUCAAGACAGAGAGGGCUUGAACCACAGCGAGUUUAUAAUCCUGAUGCACUUUCGCCUGACCAUCCAACGCACCCGGGAAAUCCAGCAAUAGUGGCAGCACAAAAUCGAGCCGUUACCUCAGCCACACCCACAAUGCAGCAACGAAUCAAAGCACUGGGCGUAGCGACCCCCUUAGCCAUGUCUAGUCCAGUCCGAAGGUCUAAUCCUGGCACCCCAACUCAACCACGUCGACCAGACUUCAUAGCCGUUGGCUUAAAUCAACAACAAUCGCUUCAACCAAACAACAAUCAGCAGCAGCAACAGCAACAACAGUCACAAAUUUACUAUGAAUAUGCUCCGGGGCUGCCCACACAACAGCAGCAACAACAACAACAACAGCAGCAGCAGCAACAACAACAACAAAUGAUGAUGCACCACAAUGGUUUAUCACAACAACAACAACAGCGUGGCAUGGGAGUUGGAAGUGCCAUUGGGGGUAUGAUGUUAGCAAAUAAUAGUCAAUAUGGAUCGCCCCAGCGACGUUUUCUUUCUGAAGGUGAAUUAGUUCGACAAGGUGGAGGAAGCAGUGGUCCCUCCGCCAACGAAUUGUCCUACGCUCGAACGAACAACACAGUCGACAAUAUACGCGAGCUCGCUGGUAGCCCUCAACGUGGUGUCUAUAUGUGGAAGGAUACAUCGCCAGGCUUCAAUAAUGGCAGCAAUGGUGGCGGCGGUAAUAGUGCAGGCACUAUGCCGAAUCAUCAUCCAGGCCAAUAUAUGAAUAUGGCGCAACACCCCUUGAGUCAUGUUCUCAAUCAAGUCCGCCUACCAUUGAACGAAUACCAUCAGCAGCAGCAGCACCAAAUGCAAUACGACAUUCAUCACCAUCGAUCGAAUCCGACGAGUCCAACUAUUGUUGUGGCCACCUCACAGCAUUUAUCACCAAAUCCAGUUCAAACAUCACAGCCAUACGGAAUGAUGCGAUAUGGCGGCGGAGGAGGCGGUAGCAAUAAUUCAUCAACGAGCACCGUGGUGGCACAGUCAUCGUCGACGAAUACAAUGGUUGGCAGUGCGGGUAGUGGCGGUGGUGGCUAUCAACCAGCCCUGAGAGGUGGCGUCCCUGUCUUUCCUCCGAAUCCGAAUCUACAACAAACACAACCCUCGCCGCAGAUUAAACGAAAGCAAACACCCACACGACCGAUGUCAUUUGUUCGAGCUCUAGAAAUGACAGAUUCCAUGGAAAUGCAAUCAAUGGAUCAACAACAAGCUCGAAAUAAUGGCAGUGUAGUGAAUUCAGGAAAUAACAUGUCGAACAAUAGCUUAGGCCCUUCAUCAUCUGUGGCCAAUCAACAGAGGGCAACUACACCAACACCAGAUCGAGCAAGUGUAUAUGAUAUGAAUUAUGAGAUAUCUGUAUAACCCAUUAAGAAAGUUUCACCUAAUCCUGCCUUUGGUCCAGCUUCAAAACCUAAGAUAUUAUCUACCUUUUUUUGAGGUCCUUUCUUUAUACAAAAGAAAUAGCUUUAAGAGUGUUUGUGUUUUGACAGAGCAAAUAUAUAUUCUACAAUCGGGAUAAUUUUGUCCUAGUUUUGUCUUUGUUCCAAAACUUUCGACAUUCUUUUACCCUAACCUUGACCUAAAACUAAACUUAAUUAAAAAAGUAUCGUGUCGUAUUUUGCAUUUAAUAAACUUGGUCAUCCUACUAAAUGAGCUUCAAGAUUGCAAACAAUCUAAACAAUUCGACACAGGAUGUACAAUUAAAAAUAUUUUCAAUUUGCUUCAAACACACAAACCAGCUCCACUAUUUUCAGGAAUUCUUAUAUUUAAGUUCCAAUUUCCAUGCAUCGAUCCGCGUAGUGACAAAAUUAGUUUUGUAUUCAAAAGUAAAAUUUUUGUUACCAGCUUACUGGCCGUGCCAUUAAGAUGUUUACAUCCAUUUCUAAAAUGUGAGCUGCCUCAAUUUAAAACAUUGGCAAACGAAAGUACUCUUUUAUACGCGUUUAAAACGCUUUGACCAAAAAAGGCAGGAUAUUCCCUUUGCUGUUCCUUCACCUCAUAGAUAAAGUUUUAUUUUUUUUAAUUUUCUUUUUCUAAAUAAAACAAAAAAAAAAACAACUUUUCUACUU